AUGGUCAAACGUUUAAUUGCUAAAGCCAUCCUCAGUACACAAGAAAGACGUAUGAUAUUGUCAGAAAUUUAUCAAUGGAUUCAACUACGUUAUCCAUAUUUCAGUUCACGUGGUCCAGGAUGGAGAAAUUCCAUUAGACACAAUUUAUCAUUGAAUGAUUGUUUUAUUAAAGUUGGUAGAGCUGCAAAUGGUAAAGGACAUUAUUGGGGAAUACAUCCAGCCAACUUGAAAGAUUUUCUCAGUGGUGAUUUCAGAAGACGCAGAGCACAACGCAAAGUACGUCGUGCACUCGGUCUCAGUCGACCUGAUGACAAACUGCAUAAGCAAGACGAUGACGAUGAUGAUGACGAUGAAGAUGAUGAUGAGGAUCGUGAUGGUGAUGUUGGUGUCGAUGAUCAAGACACUCGGUCACCGAAUUCCCCCUCACUACCCCCACAACUAUUCGAUUGUCUACAUCCACACAUAUCCACAUAUCAAUCGAUGAGGUCAACACUCACAAACAAUUCCUCUCCAACACUCAACACACAUCCACUCACUAAUUCACACAUAUCGACAUUCGAUCGAUUGACCGAUUCUCCGACCAAACACAAUCACUCCACAAACAAUCCAACAAACAUCACUACUCCUCUCCUCUUCAAUCCAUCACAUUUCACAUCCACACACAAUUCACAUUUCCUACCUCAUCAUCACACAUUGAUCAAUGCAUCGUCAGCAAGUCGAUUGGACACUUCCACUACCUCCACACAAUCUAUCCAAUCACUCGACCUCACAAAUCCACCAUUGAAAUCGAAUUGCAACAAUGACACAUUGAUGGAGCUCUUCUACAUCAACUUGAUGCAUUUACUCAACAAUCAUCAAUCGUACAUUCAAUCUCACCUUCAGCAUGAACUGUCCACAUCUGACAAACAUCUAUUUUCAACUACACAAUCAACUACAAAUACCACUACCAGUAAUCAUACUACUCAUACUUCCACUACUACGAAUCAAAUUCCCAGUAGUACUACUGUCAUUGAUCAUCAUUCUGAUGACAAUGUUCACUAUACGAAUUCAUCCCAUCCGUCAUUUGAUCCUGUCAGAACUAGAUCACAUUCACCAGCAGCAACCAGUCAACCAACAACGAAUGUCAGUUUCAAUGUGGUCAAUUUGAUCGAUCAUCCUCAUCAACAUCAGCAUCAUCAUCUGAAUCACAGUGAUGUUGACGUGGACGUUGAUGUUGGUGUUGACAAUGAUGUUGACAGUGAUGUUGAUAAUGAUGAUGCCACAUUCUGCACAAUGAUGACGAUCAGGUCAGAUCAACAACAUUCACGGCAUGGUAGCAAUGAUGAUAAGAAAACUGAAGUUGUCGUUGAUGAGUUACAUAAUAAUGAAAUAGACAUUCCACUGGAAUUACAUUCAACUAAUGUAACAAUAAAUCCGUCAUUAUCCAAUUCAAGCAAUGCAUCACCUCCAUUAGAUUAUAGUUUAUGUGAAUAA